AUGGCUAACAUCACCGGUGUUGAAGCUGCUGGAUGGGACGAGCUGCAUCGAUACUGGUGGCAAUAUAUCUUAGUCGGAUUCAUUCUCCUCGCCGUUGGGCUCGGGUCGACGUUUCUGUUGUAUCUGGGUCUGUGCAAGCUCUACAAUGACCACAUUCAAGGGAGAGUCGGUUCGAAACAAGUGCCCAACGAUGUACGAAGAUAUCUCUCCCAGUCAUCUGCCGAUCUUUCUCCGUACAGCAUCGAGAAGACGACGAAAAGGCCGAACAGCUAUGGAGUAUAUUUGGGGGCAUUCGAGACACCUCCAACAAGCGAGCAAGUUCGGUUGCUAGCAGAAUGGGAUCUUUUGGUUUUCGAUCCGUCUCAGGCAGGCGUGCUUGAAGCAAUGUCUUCUGGGAUCUAUGCUAUCUCGCCACAGACGAUCGCACGGCUCGAUGUGAGACACAUAGCAAGAGGCUCGAUACAUCCCAUUUCUUCGAUUGUACAAUGGAUCGGUAGACAUGUCAAAGUGUCGGCGAAAAUCACCGGACAUCAACAUUGCUUCACCGGAGUACUUGUCAGUGCUUGGGAGGAGGUCAUUACGGUACCAGUGCUGAAAGCAUUCAUUAUUUUCGCCAGCGGCCUAGGCUUCACCGUUUACCUUGAAGUUUCCGCUCCGCAAUUUCUUGUUGAACCCAAGUUGGCAGAACUAGAAGAAGUGACAGGAUUAGUUCUUCGAAAUGGCACGAUAUCAGCCAAUGGGGAAGAACGAGAUGCAUUUCAGAUGUCGCAGAUGCGGACCACGAUCAAAGCGUUUAUCUCGCAGGCAUGUUUACGAAGCUUCGUGGUACUUCUGUGGGAGACACUCGAAGACGAUGCUUCCCCUCUAAAUGCAGUAAUGAGGAGGAGCUAUCAAUGGUCAAGUUUUUACAGUGCAUUGCCAUGGAUUGGUACGAAAUCUGCUCUAACCUCAGCUGAGCUUUCUCUCGUCCAAGAAGAGCCUCUAGCAGCCUUCGACUGGCUGAAGGAACUUCGAGUGAUGAAAAUUCAUGACAAGUGGCGAUUCAACAAAAUUUGCGUUUCUACGAUCUCGCAAGAGUCAACAGAAAUAUCCAGCCUUACGUCAAGACCUUCAUUGGAACGACAGACAUCUCGUAAUCAAGCUUCAGCCGCUAGUAGCAGAUCCGCCAGUAACAGUCUGUCUUCGACAUCUCAAUCAUCGAUUCCUUUGGCUUCUCCAAGUUGGCUAAAUCUGUUGGACCAAAGCGCUGGCAACGCCCUUUCAAAUUCACCAAGAGGCGGAUCCUAUGAUUAUUUCGGGUGCUUCCCGCUAGGCUUCAACGUGACUCGAAAAGCUUUCGCGGAUGUCGUCCAAGCUCAGCAGCGUUUGAAAGGCAUGAUCCUCCUUGAUCAGAUCAAAAAUUCCCAGCUGAAGGAAAUUGGAGAAAAAUUACAACAGUUCUGCACCACGUCAACUGCCCGUGGUACUCGUCCUGCUUUUGAAUGGCUAGCUGUCAUUCAGGAAUUAGCGCAUCAGCUCUCAAACCUAGCUGAAAGUGGCUCAGACGAUUUUCUGGAUCCGAUUCGUGUCUAUAUUGGCCUCGACUCCGGCUUUCAGAUCCAGGCACGGUCCCGCUUCUGGGGAGUUUAUGGAUUCAACGAUGAUGGAAAUUUGGAUAUAUUUCUGUCGAGGAAUGUCCAUGAUAUCACUGGCGCUAUAUUGCAUACCUUCUUGUCAAGUCGCGGAUGCUCAAGGCAUGAGUGUUUCCAGACAGAGGUUAUGUUUGCGACAUGGUCUGGAGAUCUCGUCGAACCACUUCAUCUAUCCCAACGGAUGGUCGAUGACCUAGCACUUCUAUCACCAGCGGAACUCCUGAAAUUCCUUCAACAUCUCACUCUGACGCCUGGUAAUGGAGAUUCUACAAUCGUCAGUCUAGUCCGCGCAGCGUGUGAGAAACAGCUGCUUGAUGGAACAGACUUCGCGCAACUGAAGGAAAUUAGUACCACUGGGUAUUUGAGUGGCCGAGCCACUGCAGCUGAUUUGGUCAAUGCCCGACUUCAUUGGUACAAACAAUCCGGCUGUCAACAUCCUGAUCCUUUGAUUGCCCUUCACAAUUUCCUACGAAUAGAUGACUCAAUUACUCUCAUGCUUAAGCACCGGAAUAUUUCCUCGCUGCAAAGGCUGACAGACGUUCUUGUAAAGUCUAUCGAAGAUGGCAUAAUCGACAGUCGGGUCGACCUGAUAGCUUUCGCUGUGUUCUGCGCUAUGAGAAAGCACGCAUUUGACGAGGCAUAUAUCGAGGUCACUGAUCGCAAUACUCUCUUCAACGACCAGAGCGAUCAGGCUGCUGCAUUUGCAGAACUAUUUGCCACAGGUGCUCGAUGCGAGGCAUACUUCGACCUAACGCCGAGUGCAUUUGGUAAGAUGUUGUCAGAUCGAUAUAGAACCUACCAUCACCGGCCUGGCUAUGAACCACCAAUUUGGUCAGAUCUUGAACCAGCAACACCUUCUGCUUAUGCGGCUGCCAAGAUCGAUGUUGACCCAGAAUCCAAAAAAUCGUCAAUGUCAGCACCUCAGAGAUUCACGUUCCUUAGCGUCUUUGCCAUCCCAGCUUUGUUGGAUAUUCUCCUGCUCACAACGACUGGUCGAGGCUUGUACUUGAGUAGCCAAAUGAGUCAUAAGGUACAGCAUUCAGCUACGCUAGCAUUGAUGUUAUCUCUUCUGAUCUCGGGUGCUGUUGGCACUUGGAUCACAUGUGGUGGAUCAUAUUACCUCAUCUCUAUGGCCUUCUCUGCCAUGAAUAUGUUUGUGAUUACUAGACUUGUUGGAGGAUUAGCAUUUACACUGGCUAUUGCUACAGUUGGACUCAUCGCCGUGGGAGUUCUCGAUGGUAUCGGAGCUGGAUUCGUGUUCUUCCUUUACUUCGUUGCCCUGACCUCCUAUCUUACUCUGUUGGCCACUCUUGCGAAUUUUCAAUACCCUGGCUCUGCAUUUCAAUCUGGCCGUCCUAUCAUCAUCAUGGUCAUUCCAUUCUUAUUUAUCUCUCCGGUUAUGUGUAUGUGGGUCCUUCACCACGACAUCUACAUCUAUCUAGUCGUCAUCUACACUUUUUUGUCUUUGCUCGUAUUAGGUGUUCGUCGAACCGGAUCACGCUGGACGACGUGGUAUCUAGCAAUUGAGAAAAUAAACGACCAAGACCUCAGAAAAUGGUACAUCAAGAAGUACGAGGAUGGCGACGAGACCGCCGUUUCAGCCAUGACGGAACCUGGAGUGCUGAAACUUGCAAGAGAUGCCUUGUAUCGAGACGUGACGGCAGUCAGGAGGCAGUGGAGAAUGAAAUCCAGCGAUUCAGUUGUCCUCUCGCUUGCGAAAAGUUAUGAUGCUACGAUCUUUCUUUUAGAAUGGUACAGUGGUUAUUCUGGCACACCUAUGCCAAUUCCAUAUUCUUCGACAUGGAACAUGCAGACGAAGGUUGCCCUCCAGACAUUGAAACAGCUCCAAACUGGGAUCCGACUUCACAACGCAUUCAUACAUUGGCGCCAAGCUGGAGACGAGGUUGGAUGCACCAUUCUCUACUUCAUCGUCGCGCUUCUCGAUAAAUGGAGUGCUCUACUCGCUGGAGGUCAACUCCUCGGAUUGUCCUCGCAAAAUACUCGUUAUCGUAUGCCAGUAGGAUUCGCAUUAGCUUACUACCUCAUCGGAGCUGUGCUUUUGGAUUUCAAUGCUGCCAAACUUCACACAAUGACUGCGAAAGGCCAGAAUAUGCUCAUUGGCGAUGUCGUGUCAAUCUCGGAAGCAGUCAAACGCGAGGUACGGGCUCGACGCUACCUUUACUGGACUAUGCUUGGACGAUAUCUCCUCUUCCAUGUCUGGAGUAUGGCCGUUGCUUCUACUCUCCUGUGGGUCUUUGAUAGCACGAGAGAUUCCACCUUGUUAUUCCUGGCAUAUGUUGCUGCUUAUACUGGCUUAUUAUGGUAUCAGUAUACCAAGAUCUUCUCGGGGCCCCGAAGUCUAAAGCCAUUGAUCGCCGCUGUUCUCAUCGCUCUACCCCUAGGCCAGCUUCUAAGGCACUACUUUCCCAAAUGGAUGUACUGUGAUGUAGCGGCUCUUGGUGUCGCUACAUGGACAGCAGCGAUUUUGACACUUUACUAUGCACGAAUCAAGACGAAGUCUGUAUACAAGACUAGCAAGAAACCUUUGAUUUCGAAGCAAUCCAGCAACAAAACAGCUAAAGAUGGUAAUUACCAUGCUUUUACCAACCCUGGAAAGGAUCCUUUACUAUCUCAAGAUGAGCUUCGAAUCGUCUUUAAUAAUCUCCAAGCUUUGCGAGAAGAAGAGCGUUAUCAAAUUGAUCCCCAGACACACCCUGGGUUGGAAAUCAAGUCCGUCUUGCUACAUGCACUUGGAAAUUGUUGCGAUCCACGCGGAGCGCUCUCUAAAUUUUCACUUGAGGCUUUUCCAGACGCGGGUGAACUCUUGGAACGAGCUGUCUUUGGCUUCGAACAUGGCUCUGUUGUUGUCGAUUGUAUUCCCAUGGCUGCCAUGAGUGAAGCAUUCGGUGAUGUCAAAGCGAUCGCGCGUGACAAACAAGGAAUUUUGAGGAUUGUCAUUGGCUGUGAGAUGAUGAGUGUUCAUGAACAACAGUCAAGCAUCAGCAAUUUCUGUCAGACGACUGCCGAAGUCAUUCUCCACGCUGUUGCAGAGAGAUUCAUGGGAAUGACACACGAGAGUGCCACACUUGCCGAAUCAUUCUUAGUGCCCGUACCUACGUAUCAUAUCGCUAGACACUCACCAGUUCCCAGCCGCGUCAAGAACUACUUGACCGUCUCAAAAUGUUCAGCUUCACAGGCUAGAGCGCUUGCUCGAUUUUGCGAAGACCAAACCAUACAAUUCCUAGCCUUAGGAUUUGACCCUGAUCUCCAAUGGGAGCACCUCCCCCGAAACAUUCGAGAAUUGAUCAUCAAGAGAUGUACUGGCCAGGAGGAAAAUUUGACGAGGUCUCAACAUGAGUGGCUUGUGUUUAAUCAUGCCCGCGGCAUACCAAUUAAGACCUUCAUGACAAGAUGCAAUUUUGGUGCCUAUGUUGCGAUGUCGAAUCGGAGGUAUGCUCUUGGAGCAAGGAAUGAUACAUUGGGCGAGAUAUUCUAUCACCAAGACACUCUCACUUCACUGAGUUUCCUAAGAGUCACACCACCAGUGGCUAAGUUCACGACACAAAAGAUAAUACGGAGUCUGAAGGUCCCAUUCAGCACCGUGUAUCACAAUUUGGGAAUCUACCUGAAAUUACUUGCCAUUGCAUUCGUUGCAGAACCAGAAUUCCAGAGAGAGCUCAAUUAUGCCAUUCACAAAAAUCCAAAAGUCGUCAGAAACAUAAUCUUCUUCUUCGCAACAGGAGUCUGGAAAUACACGAGAUCUAUUCAACAAAUUGUUAUGCCGAUUUUCCUCCUUCAUGGUCGCAAGAACGUAUCCACGUUGUGGCAUCGAAUCGGCGGCACCACUGUAUCACUAAAGAGACAAAGAAUUGCUAUAGAGAACACUGAUGGGAUCUCGACUGCAUUCAUCCAUCCAGCAAUUGCUGAAGACGGAGCUUUUGAGGUUCACCAGUAUGCUGGAGAGAUUGAUAAAGAGCCAGAAGAUAACUGCAAGUUGCAACGCAUCAGCACUUACAGCAAAGCCAUGCUUCUUCUACGACGAGAAGACUUUACCAAUGGUGCAAAGGGGAAUGUGUACGAAUAUGAGUACCUCACAGAGAACGGAGGUUUACGACCAAAACGUCUUUCUAAAAUACAGAGUCAUCGGUAUCCGAUGCUACGAAAAUGUAUCGAGGGCAAGGAUGCUUGCGAAGAGGUCAAUUUCAAUUAUAGAGGAUUGGUCCAAAGUGGAUCCUACAUUCUACAUGGGAGCUUGAUCAGAUUCAGCUGCCAUUAUCGUCAGGGUAGUAAUUUCGACGACGAGCUUCUUCGUGCCGAGUUUGUGCUUCCGCACUUGACUUGCACAGUCUCGUGGUCGGCACCGCCUCCAAGUCACCCAGAGAAGUUGGACAAAUGGAUCCCGCAUUCUCAAAUCAUGGAAGCUACUUUCGUUCUCGGAUCAGAUGUCUACGAGUCCCAUUGGAGAUACGAUCAUAAGUUCGAUCCCACAAUUUCAACAACUCUCAAUGGCGAGUCGAUCGAAACUCCUCCAAUUAUUCGUUGGGAUCAUUUGGGAGUGUUGAAGAAGCCGACGAGAUACAGCUUUCACUACGAUGACCCGUUGAUCACUUUCCGGUCCAUCAAGCCUCACGCCAUACCUAGAUGGCUAGGUCUCAAUAUACACCAAAAUCCAGUGUCGACUUCCCGUGCACGCUCACGCCUUUGGAUGGCCUGGAAGAAUACGCCAGGUUUUGACGGCGUCAUAGUCCGCUGGUUAGACGAACGUCUCCUUCGAAGAGAGCCGCUCUUACGAACCUAUUGGAGUCGUCGUGAUCGCGGAGAUCUUCCCGGCGCAGAAGCAUUUCUUAACGAAAACGCCGACAGUGUCAUGGCCGCCGUUGAUUUGGACAACUCCAUUUCCGGCUGGGCGCCUUUAGCUAUCAAGAUUGCUGAUCUUUAUAGUUUUGGACAAGGAGGAGAUGCGAAUAGUCGGACUAGGUCUAAGGAUCCGGAUUUCGAUAAUGAUGGAUUGCAGGUCCUGGCUGUGGAUUCGGGUACGUGGCCUAACGAGGGAGGUGGUGUGUCGGCUUGUAGGAGGGAUAUGAUCAACAAUUUAAGGUCGGUGAGUUGGCAUAUGAUUGCUGAGUCUGCGAAUGAUUUUGGAUUGCCAAAACAUCAGACCGAGAUGAAUGUUCGCAGCUUGAAAGUCAUUCCAUUGUGGGGCCUGGAUUUCCUCACUCCAACUCAUGGUCUGUUCAGGGAUAGACUAGACACGGAAGUCGAGCAUGUACCUCGAGAUGCUACGAAAGCAGAUGUCAAGAGGAAUUUCUUACCUAUCUUGACGGCAUUGGUGAAAGGGGCAAGAACGAGCCAUUUCACCAAAGCAGAUAUCAUGCAGACGACAAGAGCUUUGGUCAAUCUGAAUACUUACUUUUCCGAGUCGAAACAUUGGGGUGCGAUCUGGACAAGUAGGACUGUCAAGGAUGCGUGGAGGGAGCUGUGGAUUUCUCAGGAUUUGGUCAGCCCAACACCUUCAGAAUCAUGGUUCCAAACCGAGAUUCCCACAGUAGCCCAACUAGACGGAGCCCUCGAACUCUGGUUCCGCUACCUCUUUAUAUUCUCAAUACCAGUACCUGACCGCAUCCCCGCCAUUUUCCAAGCCUCCCAUCACAGCGUCAGUGCCUCAUAUGGCAUCGUCUGCAAGAUCAAGCGAGGCUGUACUCUUCAAAUUUGGGAUCAUGCCAUUAGUUGGCGAGAAACGAACCUUUACCUCUCAUCUGAUCUCUGUACCGUGGCACCGUUCGUCCGAAACUCUUUGCUCGGAUUGAUGAGAAUCACGAGUCAGUUGAUUCUUCACCAUGCAGAUACCAUUCUACCAUGUGCGGAUUUCUUUAAUCCUGGGUGGGAGAUUGAGAUUGGAACCAGUCAAGGCUCGCUCGAGCAUCGCAACACCUUCAAGAGGAAGAUUGAUCCGGUUGUCAACGGUAUUCCUGACAUGUCCAAAUUCGCCCCCAUAAAAGAAAUAAGUUCCACUCUCCCAACAGUAACAAUGCUCUCCCACGUCUGGUACGCAAAAGACAUCAAAACCGCCAUCCUCUCCGCCGACAUCAUAGUAAACGAAUGGCACUUCACCGACUACCGCCUCGAUAUCUACGGCGCCAUCGACAAAGCUCCCUCCUACUCAACCGACUGUUUCGAGAUCAUCGCCUCGAAAUCCCUCCCCCGCUUCGUCGUCAUGAGAGGAGAAGCAAAUCCAACCACCGUCCUCGAGAAGACCUGGGUAUUCCUAAACUCCAGCAUCUCGGAAGGAUUACCCUUAGCAUUAGGAGAAGCAGCAUUGACAGGCGCCCCGGUCGUCUGUACAGACGUCGGCGCCAGUCUGCGUGUUUUGACAGACCAAGAUACUGGGGAACGAUACUCAGCCGUCGUGGCUCCGAACGAUGCCCGGAAUCUCGCACGCGCGCAAAUUAACUUCCUCGCCAUGCUCGACGAGUGGGCACCGUAUGCCAACGACCCUUCUGGUUUCAAAGCCCCAACCAUCACCGACAAACCGACGAAAGAAGAAGUAGCAGCCAUCACCAAGCGCAUGUACGAGAAAACAGCAGAACGAAAAGCGCUAGGUAUGAGGAGCCGAGCCAUCGUGCAAAAAGCCUUUGGGGGAGAGCGAUACCUGAGGGAACACGAGCAGAUGCUCUGGAUCGGGAAAUCGAAAUACGAUUUGAUCCACCGACCGCCUCCACAGCCCUUACAGCGACCUAAGCUCCUGAGAAGCGGACAAUCGAUGCCAAUGCCCAGCACCGUCUGGGGUACUGCUUCCACGAGUUCCAUGAUGACAGCCCCGUCUUCAGCCCUGAUGACGCCUGGCGUGAGGAGUUUAUUCGACGUAGGCAGCGGCUCGCGACCUAGCAAGGCCUCAACGUUAUUCUCGACCCAGCCACCGAGUAUGAAUAUGCUGGAGAAUCGGAAGAGUGGGUUAAGUGCUAGUAUGCCGGCACUGACGGCCAGAGCGAUGCCGCAGAGAGUGCAGUUGUUGAAGCGGGAUAGCAGUUAUGGGUAUGAGAGCAGUGAACGGAGUAGUAGUUUCCGGGCGGUGAUGACGGGGAUUGAGAGUGGGAGGGAGAGGAAGCAGCAGGAGGCUUUUGUGAGGGAUGUUAGUGCUGCUUUGCAGCAGGUUUGA